UAAUAAUAUAAUAAAAUGGUUAAAUUAUAUUCGGCCAGUAUUCUUUACAAAGGCUCCACAAGUGUCUCCCUACUUAAAUCAGUAUAUGAAUUACAGAGCUUCAGUUUUUUUCAAAGAGGAUCUGUUCAAGAGUUUCUAGGGUUUGUCAGUCAAACUAUUGUGGAACGUACACAAGCAGCGGCUAGGCAGUCAGUGAAAGAAAAUGAAUAUACAUGCCAUGUAUAUGUAAGAGGUGAUGGUUUAGCAGGUGUUGUUGUAUCAGAUCAUGAGUAUCCGAGUCGCGUGGCACAUACAAUGAUCACUAAAAUACUUGAUGAGUUUGCGGGAAAAAUUUCUCCGGAAUCGUGGCAAAAAGGUCCUGAGGCUUGUUCCAUAUAUCCCGUUAAUGUUCUGGCAGCACAUCUAACACAUUGGCAGAAUCCAAAGGAGGCAGAUGCUAUGACUAGAAUUCAGGAAGAUUUGGAUGAAACCAAAAUAAUACUUCAACAAGGAGUGGGGAUGCCUAAAGGGUAUAUUGUGGUGCCAUCUGGUGCAACGGAGGCAUGUCCCACAAGCGGUGACACAAUUGAAGUUGAGGUAUAA